UGGGGAUUCUGAUUGAAUUCCUGAGACGCCGUCAAGAUUGAGUGUAGAUGUCUGUACAGAAAAUGAAAGGUACAGUCUCGGAAAAGCAUGAUGAUUCAAAAGAUGUACCCGCGAGGCCGUCAAAGCGUCGAAAGAUAUCGCAUCCAUCGCGGAAGCCCGAGCCCCAAGCCAAAUACAGCGCGACGACUACCAAGAGAUCAUCGCGAAGAAGAGUUCUUCCACAGCCACCACGGCUGAUGCGGCCUGAGUACUCUAGCAGUGGUCCAAAAUCAAGAGCGCCGUCCACAAGUCACUCAAACUCGAAACCCGCCUCCGGAACAUCAACGCCCCUGACCAUCGCCGACCCAAGCAGCAAAGUGGCGUUCGUGAAAUCACUACUCGACCAAGUAUGGGCGCGUAACAAGAACCAGCACCGCACGCAACCAUGGUGGAGAUCGCUUGGCAUCUUGAAAAAAGCAAUCACUCAGCUAGUGGUGCUGGACGGCAAGCAACGCCAGCUGCGUCAACGAGCUACCGCGGCCGUGGACGCAAAGACAGUCAGGAAGCGCUUCGAACAGGAAGCCCAGAUUAGGAUAGAACGAGAUGUCUGGAACGAACGGAUCCGCGAGGUCCUCGUUCCGCGCGCCUACGUCGGAUUCACGGGACUGGUGGCUGACAAGCAGUUCGCAAAUCUGGGCGUGGUACUUGUGGGCGUGCUUGCGGAUGUGAUGAGCGUGGUCGGCGCCCCUACGCCCUCAAAGGAGGAGACAUCGACAUCUCCGCAGGAAGAUGUCGAAGAUGUGUAUGUUUCACACCAGCCAAAUGGCAAGCCGAGAUCUCUGACCGCAACGAGCCUCCGAAUCACAGGGCUGCAGGGUGGUGAACUGGUCGAGAGGAUGUACGACAGUGAUGACGCAGGGGAAGUCAUCGAGAGAACGGAGAAGGACGAAACACCUUCGGAUCAAAGACGACGCUCAAUCAGCACGACACGAGGCCCAAAAUCGAUGGACGGGACCGCCGCCGAUGCCACCAAAAGCGAUCCCACGGAGUUGACUGCAAGUAAUGACAAGGAGGACGCCGAUAUAGGUGGAAGCCAGGCAGAUGAGGAAGGUCCGCAAACACCGCAAACCGAAGCGCAAGCACUAUCUGCCUUAGGAGCGGCAACUUCUCAUGCAGACUCGUCCUUGCGCUCGAAUCUUAGAUCAGAGCCUCGAGCAUCCACAAGUCGCGGCCGAGAUCGUCCGACAUCCACCACGUCGAAGUCCAGCAAGGAGAAGAAAAAGAAGAAAGGCAAGAAGAACGCAAUCGAUGACCUAUUUGCUGGACUUUCGUGACCACAGGACAAGGAUCAGCUGUGACCUACCGGAUCUGCGUCAGUACAAUCCAGCGACUCUGAAAGUAUUUCUGAUGGACACAAGAUAUAAUGAAUAUCGCUGACGGGCUAGUGGCUGGUAUAUCGUUAAGGCGCACGCAUACCACCAGUCGAUCCAUGAGUAAUGUCU